AUCUGAAGCGCCCUGAUCGAAAGACGUAACCGGAGGACCGGUUCCUCCUCAAAUACAGUACCUUUUCUACCUUUACCCCCAUGUUCUUGUACCACCCGCUGUUCUAGUCUGUCUUUCCCGGCCGUCAGCUCUGGCCGACACUUGUACCAUGUCCACAGCUGUACUGCCUCCGAUGGCUGCGCUGGGCGGUCCCGAUGCUCACUUGGCUGCUUCAGCUUGUGCACCGAAUCCCCCGAAACGAAUAACACCAUCCGCGACCAGGACGGGUUCAAAAACAAGAGACAGACCUCUUCCACCAUUGCCGACUUCUCCAAGGCCCGAGGUACGUGCGAGCAAGCAUCCGCCAACAUCUUUCAGGACGUCCCUAGCCCGAUCGGAACGACGGUUUUCAGGCAUUGUACUUCGUCUUUGGAUGCAAAAACUAUUGCAAUCGCCUCGAACACUUUCGACGUUACUAUGCUUCACGACCUGGCGCGACUUCCACGCUCUGGCAAGCUCUUGCCGGAACUUUCGGCAUAUUUUGGCCUUUCAGGAAUGCAGAGAUGUCUUAUUGUCGCAAUAUGUCCCUGGAUACCGAGUCGCAAAAUGCACCAAGGAAAUGCAACAGUAUCGCGAUGUGGAGAUCGACAUGCAUGAUCUCUCACUCCUGAUGAUCGCCCGAGCCCUCCCUCUGCAUCAUUACCCGAUGCAUGCGCUCGGAAUGCUCAGUUCACCGCUAUACGUACCCGGCUUUGAGGACGACGAGUCAAAAAAACUCGUUGCUUUAACUCAAGCACAUUCACGCUUUAUCCUACUCCUACAAUCUCUUGUUCACAGCGCGUCUACACCUCCGUCUCCAGAGGAAUAUGAAGAUCUCGGCAGUCCUUUAAAUCCUCGCUUUCGCGGACGCCCAGUUCGAGAACUAGUGUUCCCUCCACCAUUAUCCUUCAUUGCACCUGAUGACACUCAGGAGAAUACUCCUACCAUGCCUGUUGCGCCAGGCAAACACCAGCGGACAGCGAGUAUCGCCUCGUCGAAUGUUCGCGCUGAUCCAGCGUUGAGUCCAUCUCGCGCGUCUACAACCAUGCGGCCCCGGACCAGCCUUCGUAUCAAGAACUCUAUCUUUGGUGGGGCCAUGAAAGCGCCUCCACCACCGCCUUCGUCUUCACCGUCGUCGCUGAAGUAUUACAGUGACACAUGGAGACGGAAGCUAACGUCGAAACGAAGUGGCGCGGGCAUGACUUCUAUGUCGGACGAUGAAGGAGACAUAUUUGAGUUGAAGAUGCCUCGUAGACGGUUUGCAUCUGUUAACCUGUCCACUGACUCUUCGCUAUCUAGCCCAAGCCCGGAGUCACGGAGUGUAGCUGAUGCUUCGCCUUCAUCUUCCCGAGUACCUCCGUCGACGUUACGUGCGAGUGCUUCGCCGCAUGAUUUGGUCAUGGCGACUUCUCGGUUCCGCGCUCCCAUCUUACGGGUAUUUUUCCCGUGUACGGAGUUAGACGAGACGAGCAUUUCUGCGUGCGAAGACCAGUUGAUGGAGGGUGGUCUCUGGGAACAUCUUUCCGCCGGCGACAUCGUGUGCAAUUUUGGUUACGUUCCACCGCCAGAGCCGGAAGAAGAAUCCCAGACGUCCUCGGUCUCGGGAGAGUCUACAGGUCAUCGGAAGAAGUGGUUGCUAUUCAACGGCUAUUGCUUAGUCCAUUACAUUCCCCCGUCACCUCCUCCUGUUGAGAACUCGCUGACGCUGCCAUCACCGUUCUACUUCUCAUACAUUCUCCCACCGACCACCAAUCCAAUAUACAUUCUUUCACUUCCUCCUGUUCCCCGUACACCGUCCCCAGCUCGAACACAGCAUGGUCGGAACAGUUAUACUCGAUUGUCCAUUGAUCAGUUGCAUCUCACGUUGGCACAUUUACCUACCAGAGUAGCCAGCCCGCAUUCGCCUUUAGGUUGGGCAAUGGCGAAAAAGUACUUGUGGCUCGCGCGUUUGUCGCACGCCGGGUAUACUUCGGGUGCUCAGGAUGGUGUUCUGCCCGGUGAAGGAUGGAAGGGGGAGUGGGUUUUGGAGGCGGAGGGGACGAAGGAGGGGCGCCAGAGCCUUAUCGAUGCACUGAAGCCUGGCGCGAACGGUGAGUGUAAAAGAGGUAUGUGGGAGAUUUUACGAGACAAGUCUGGUAAGGGCAGGUUGUGGAUGAGGUACGAAUGUUUUGCCAUUUUUGACUUAGUUUCUCGCUGUAUACACGAUGCUGACUCAGGGAUGUGCUAUUCCAGGCUGCUACAUGCUAACGCGGAUCCGGUGGAAUGCCAAAUGGACUACGACGCUGUGUCAUCUGACGAUCAUAUUACGACUUCGAAAUCUUCUCGGACGUGAACUUGAAUUAUUUAAUGUCCAUCCUAUCUUCUCAUUCCAUCAUCUCUAUCUGUUGGAACAAUCAUAGAAACAUCUUGGACUUGCUUCAUUAUUCAUUCAUAUUGUAAUUUCCCCCCUCCUUCUAAUGUGCUUCUGCAUUUACAAACCCCAUUUACUGACAUGAUUUUCUCAUCGCUUUCUCUCUUCUCUACCCCUUAUCCUGCGUCAUUCAGAUCUACGCGAUUAACGCAUAUACCAUAGCCUCCCAGCAUAUAGUACACCAUGCUUCGCCCUAACAGUUAGGAAUUUGUCACAUUACACAUUCGCAUAUGUAUAGUACUUUACAUUGUUUGUGAAUACGCUAUGUAUGUAUAUACCUCCUAGCCUCUUCCGAUUUUUCGUACAUUUACUCUGUGCAUUCUUCAAUGUAUCACAUUCCUAUUGACAAACAUGACGUCGCCUUCCAAGCAUUUGCGGAUCCGAGUACGGCUCGGCGCUGUGAAACCGGAAUGAAGGAUAGGAUAUUAG